AUGACGACUCAGACUGAGAUCAAGCCAUGGGACUUCUCUCACGUGCUUGAUCUCGUCAAUUCGCUGUCCAGCAGAGACCUCACAGCCAGCGAGGAUACACACGAGGCCCCAUACGUCAACUACAGCCAUGCCGCCUCGAAAGCCGCUACACCUACUGCGCAUGUAGCUACGCAUGACUUUGGCACACCUUCAUCUAAGCUUGGCGACUUUAGCAAGAUAUGGCAGUUUCUGGGGACACCCCUCGAGUCGCCUGCACCAGAGCUUCCGGCGCUUACGCAUGAUCUGCCCACCAAGCUAGACUAUACUUCGGAUGGCGCCACAUAUUUCAAGACACCGACUAAAAGCGGGAAGGAGGUCACGUGGAAGGACCAGGCUGGCGAUGAUGAGCCUGGAACAGACACCUUGACUGAUGGCUCGGUGCCUGAUACACCCUCUCUGACAAAGACGCAACGGAAGAAACAACGCCGUAAGGAGCGAAAGGCGAAAGAGGCUGUAGAGGCCCUCAAGAAUGCUACUGUGUCUGAGUCUGAAGCGGAUAGUGUGCGUCGACGAACUCCAGCCCGCAAAGCCAGUGCUCACUUCGUGAAAUCUGCACCGGCACCAAGCUUGACUCCUAUCAAGGCUCGCAAGACGCCUACUCUAUCCAGCACCAAGGCACUGGCUGUCUCUGAUGACGACGUCCAUACUGCCACUAGGCGUGUGCAGGAUAUGCUUGCCGAGCGCCGUAAAGCAAAGAACUCAAGCUCGCCAUCGAGCUCUGGCACACCAUCUCGACCUGGCCAACUCAGUCAUUCCCAGCGACAACAUUCAAACCCUGGUCCUGCUGCCGCUCAGAAUCCAUUGAACAACCACAUUGCUCAAUCUAACGUGACCACCAAGCAGUGGCCAGUAACCCCAAAGAAAGCUUCAGCUUUGCAACUAUUUCCUUCAUCUGUUCAGCCGCCAGUAAAGUCGGCGGUAGCACCUACACAGCACCAAACAUCACCCACCAACAAUCAGAAUACAGCACCAGCUACUGCAAUAUCUAAACCACGAUUCGUCAUUGAGCCCAAAAUUGUACGGUCUGGAGAAGACCGCCACUGGGCGUUGCUUAUGAAGCUCAUUGCCGACUUUUGGGAAGAUCGCAAGCACCUCAUUUCUCCAAUGAAUCUUACGACACACAACAACAAUCCAAAUGGUAUCCACGUUUUCGUGGACGCAAGCAACAUUUUUAUUGGCUUCAAUGACCAACUCAAGCGUUCUCGAGGCAUCCCGCAAUUCGCGCAUCUGCCUCCCGCGCAUCUUUCUUUCGACGGCCUAGCACUACUUAUGGAGCGUAGACGACCAGUCGCCAAGCGCGUCCUAGCAGGCUCCACUCCCCUCCUCCCAGCUUUCGAGAAAGCUCAGGCAGUGGGCUAUGAAUGCAGUAUCCUCGACAAAGUCUACAAAGCUCGAGAGCUUACCGAACGCCAAAUCUACUUCAAAGACCACGAUCGGUUUGGACGACCAUUGCCGCAUGCUACUGCGAAAGCUUUGAUUGGCAAUGACUUUUCCGCGGUCGGCGGAUCUCCCCCAAAACCCAGCACUCACCAUGGCAGCGGCAGCGGAAGUGGCAGUAGCGGCUCAGAAACGGUCAGUGCUGCGCCUCAGUACGCGCCGGCGAAAAUGAUCGAGCAGGGUGUUGAUGAGAUUCUGCACUUGAAGAUGAUGGAGUCGGUUGUGGAUAGUGAGGUCCCGUCGACCAUGGUCUUGGCUACGGGAGAUGCAGCACAAGCGGAAUAUAGCCCUGGAUUUAUGGUUAUGCUGGAGAGGGCUUUGAAGAAGGGGUGGAAGGUGGAGGUUGUGAGUUGGAGUCGGAAUAUUAGUGGGAUGUAUCGGAAGAGGGAGUUUACUGAGACUUGGGGAGACAAGUUCCGGGUCGUGUAUUUGGAUGAUUAUGCCGAGGAGCUGCUGGAGAUGUGA